AUGGAACCUUUGAGAAAUAGUCAAGUUUGCCCCACACCAUUAGUAAAAGAUUAGUAAGAGUUGUUGAAUACGAUCAAACCUUCAUCACUGUAAUGAAUCUUAACUUAAAUUAGAAAUUAAGUAAAUCAACCAGCAGGGAGUGAAAAUUAUUAAAGUAUUGAUAUAGAAUCAAAUCAAAAUUGUUCAGAUUUAUUGAAGGAUUAAUCAUUUAUUUUUAAGAAAUAUGUAGGUUUGAAAGCUCUUUUGCUUUAUUUUAUUUAACAUUUUAUAGCUUAGAUGCUUAUAUUAUCGAAUAUUUUUUUUGAUAAAUCCAAUAUUGAAUAGGGUGUUAGCACAUUUUUGAUUUUUACUUAUUUUGGGAUUAUUAUCAUGACUAGAUUCUAAUCAUUGUAAAAAGUAAUAAUUAUGCCAUAUUAAAAUAUUAGGUACCUAAAUCAUAUAUAAUAUUUGUUAUAAUCCUAAUUUUAGAAGCUUAAAUAUUUUCUUAAUAAUUAGAGGUGAUGAAUUAAUAAAUUUCUGAAAUUAGUCCAAUCUAAAUAGAUAAAGGUAUGAUAUAUCUUUAAAAACUCAAGAUAAUUUAAUUUUAAAUGAUGUUGGAUACUAAUGUUUUAUACUCUUUUUAGAAACGUCAACAUUAAUCAUCUAUUUAUUACGUCAAAAAGAAGAUUUGAAACUAAAGAGUAUUAUUAAAUAUCAUUAAAAUUUAGACUUUUUCAUCAUAUAUGGAAUAAUAAGUAUUGUGCCACUAUUACUUUCUUCUUAGUUUGCUUAUAUUUCAAUCAUUAUAUUUUAUAGAGGGUUUGCACUAUCUUUAACUAUUUAACAAUAAUUUAAAGGAAGAGUAAAUAAAUUAUUUUUAAAUUAAGUUCUCCUUAAAAAUCAAUUCAAUUUUUGGAAUGGCAAAUAGUUUAAAUUUAGGAUUUUUGAUACCUUGUAAUUGUUGA